CCGGCGCAACGAUGAGCGUGCUGAGGAGCCUUUCGGGAAUCCGAAGAGAACGCCGCGACGUAAAUUCUCUCCCCUACAGCCAGACGGGACGUCCUUCAACACCUCACAAAACUCAACAGCAGGGCUCAUCGUGGAUAUUGCCUAAAAUUCAAGGCUUGUUCUCUAUGGUCGGUUUCGGUGCCAAACCAGAGGACGAACCUACAGAAGACGAAUCCGAUGCCAAUAUCCACCAGGACGAUGAGGCAGAGCAACUUGAGGAAAUUCCGUUGGCGGGCGCAAGUACCGAACCUACCCACUUUGCAGAUAACUUGCCCCCGAAGGCAUUCACUGCCUCAGGUCCUCCGCCACGACGGGCCGCAAGCCACGUUGCGUCGGUAUCUAAUCUACCUUCACCAUCAUCCGAUAACCUCGCCUUCGCCUCGAGUGGUACCUCUCUUCUUGAUUGGGCCAAACAAAAACUGGACAGGCAGACUCCUAUGAACGAAAUGGAAGUCAUGGGGCUGAAGUCGUUCGCUGAAAGACUAAAAGAACGCACGCAUGAACCAGAAGAUCUGUGUUUCGGCUCGUACAAUUCUAUUGUGGAAUGGGCGAGGCAAAAAAUGAAGACUCGCUCUGCACUAAAUGAAAUGGAAGUCAUGGGACUUCAGUCAUUUGUAGAGAAUCAGAGAGAACGCACGUAUGAACCAGAAAAGCUACGGUUUGGCUCGCACGAAUCUGCAACACCAACGCCUUCACCAGUCGAUGCCGCUGCCUCCGCUUCUUUCACCUCUUCGAUGUCUCUCCCAACGUUCACAAACAAUGCUUCAGCGAAUCGCUCUGCAAGUGCACCAAGACGGAUGCUCAGGAAGGAUCCUAAUGGGUCGAUAGUCUGGAGGGGCGGAGGAAGAGCACGUAGCACACCAGCGCAAAGUCGCCGCCGGCCUGCUCCGGAGACACCUAAACCUGAUACAUCUAAACGUCGCAAACUUUAUGAGGAGCCAAGCGGACAGUCUGGCAUGUCUACGUCUCAAAGCGCACCCGCCUCUAGAUUGAACGGUGCUGGUCCUUCUACACCUAGACUUCCUCGUGCUGGUAUCGUCCGAGCUCAUGCUGCUCCUUAUGUAUCGUCUCCGUUACGCAAUGUUGUGAAUGGCUCACCACCCGCAUCGCCACCUAGCAAGAUGCGUGCUUCUCCGUCGACCUCAAGUAUAAAUGGGAGCGUGGGUGCCAGUUCGAGCGCGAACCAGACUUUCUCAGCGAGCUUCUUAUCCGAAGUAAUUGAGAAAGUGACACCACCACCCAAGCAACCAGACGUUGCAAAUCCGUAUCAGACAGCUGCUCCCGUCAAACCCGUAUAUAAACCCAUGGAGAAGAAGCGCAUGUCUGAGAGGAGGGGAAGAUCGAGGAUUUUCGAAGACAAAGAGGUCACUAGAUCGGAUGAGGUAGAAAAGAAAGCACCGAGUAUAAGGGAUGAAAUCGAGGCGUCCGUUCCGAAGGGUUAUACACGCAGUAGACCUCCACCUGGUUUCAAUAAAUCAAAGGCGGCAAACGCGUCUGCGUCCCAGAGUACGAGUAAACCUAUUAUUGAAGAACUCGUUGAUGAUGCACCGCCGGCAAAGAAGCCACGAACAGUCAUGGUAGAGGAAGUAUCCGACGAGGAAGAUAUUCUUUCUGGAACGGCGUCUUAUGUGAGGCCAACAGAGGUGGUUGAACCGCAAGAACCUCCAUCUGUUCCUGUCCGUACUCCACCUACUACCGUACCCAGCAAUCACUUCGGACCGUCGAAGGCAUCCGCACUAGGUCCCGGAAAUUCUAACCUACCAAAAGAGCCCUCAAAGUUGCGCACGUCAUUCCUUCCAGAUGAUGACGAGAAUGAAACGCCUAAAGAAUCCGGGACGUCAGCACCAUCGGAGACCUCUAGCAUGACAACUCCGAGUGCUCCUCUCAGCGAAAUCCAGGAGAAGAGGGACCCGAAGGAAAUUGCCCUGUCACUGCCUUUGUCGGAGCUCCCCACUUUCGUCUUUCAUACUUCUCGGGUACCAGCUGUCGUUGACCAUGUGGAAGUUCGUGAAGCCGUAAAAGCCCUACCUCUUUCUGCGCUCCCGACCUUUGACUUUUCGAAAGCGAAGGUAACCAGUACUGCAGGACCUUCUAAUCCAGCCCCGGCCGUAAAACCAUUCGACUUUGCUGCAGCAGGUCUGAAGAGUAGUGCUCCUUCCGGCGGUGACUGGCGAUGCUCAAGCUGCAUGCUACAAAACCCUGUUUCUGCACUUGAGAAGUGCACAAUCUGUGAAACACCUCGUCCCGGAGCGGGAAACGCAACGAAGCCGCCGACGACGUCUGCGGGCUCUUCGUCCGCUUCUGCUCCAUCUUCUGCCCCAGUGAAAGCCUUUGAUUUCGCUGCAGCCGGGAUGAAGGCGCCUUCAGCGCCUUCUGGUGGUACCUGGGAAUGCUCGAGCUGCAUGUUGAAGAACCCUCCGACUGCUCUUGAGAAGUGCACGAUCUGCGAAACUCCACGACCUGGUGCAAAGCCAGGCGCUAGUGCACCCGCUCCGAAAGCAAUGCCUCCUCCGACAACUACCGUCCCGAAGGCCUUUGAUUGGGCUGCGGCAGGGAUGGCUCCCAAGUCAACGAGCGGUGGUGGUGAUACUUGGACGUGUGGAACCUGCAUGCUCAGUAAUCCAGCGUCUGCGACUGAAAAAUGUACAAUUUGUGAAGCACCACGGUAGUUCGCCAUGGUCGAUGGACGACACCACGACUGUUAUUUCCCGGUUAUUGUUCUCCCUGUUUUCUCUUUCGGUUCCCGCGAUACCAAGCACGCAUAUUUACCUUCUGUACUUACAUUUUACUUUCUC